AUGAAGAGCUUUGCUGGGGCUGAGCACCUUGAGGCGACCCUCGAUGACGGUGACGUGGGGUGCGAGCUGUGCAUGAGCUUCGCCUUCGAUGAGAUGUCUGAGGUGAUGUUCAAGGCAGCUGUGGACAUCCUGUACAGCGGUCAGAUGGACGCCCUGUUCGAGGACGGCUCGGUGCCGAGUGCGGUGGCGGAGCAGCCGCCACCUGGCUCGAAGGACCUGCGCAUCGUGGAGUCUAUGUCCGUCGGCCAUGAGCUCUACACGAAGGUGCGCGCGCUGACCGCCAGCGACGCCACCAAGGAGUUCGGCAAACCACCCAAGACAUUGCAGAUAAAGGGUACACAGAUUGCUCGGAGGCCGAGGUGCGUGAUUGUUUACCCUUUCAUACCGACGCCAGAGAGGAAGCUCAAGUACCCCACGUUGAAGAUCUUCCAUCAGAACAGCAGGGGUUCCCAACGCAACCACUGCAAUAACGGCGCCAAGCAGUUGUUCGAUGGGCAAGCUGAGUUAUUGCGAGGGGCGACUGGCAGCAGCGACAGCUCCGCAUGCUCAUCUGAGGACGGCUCCGCGUUCACUUUCAACUUCGGCUUCCAAUCCAGCAUCCCGACCUUCGCUGCAAUAAAGGAUCGCCGCGACUCUUUGAACGAGAAGGCGAAGAGGCGCCGCGGCAGGAUCAGUUCUGGGUUGGUCGAUGGCGAUGAGGAUGGCGACAGCGACGAUCAGCAUGGAGAUGGGCCCGGCGGCGGGCCUGGCCACGGACAUGCAGCUUCGGGCGCGUCCGUGGAGAUGCUCACUGACGAUGGCCCCGAGCGCGCCCCACUCCCGGGGCAGGCUGCCUUGGGGGCUGUGUGCGACGUCAGCGGCAGGACUCCGAGCAAACGGCCGCCCUCUGUUUCUUCGACGCCGUCUCUCGCCCAGCGAUCUUCCAAGACCCCGAAACCCGGAUCGGACGAUGACUUGAUCAACCCGCACACCUGCGGCACAGUAGACUACUGGGUAUUCGGGUUGAGGUUCGAUCGGGCCUUCAACGAUUUCAAGAACGGGCGAGCUGAAAACCAGGCGAAGAUAUUGCGCGGCAAGGUCACGGGCAUCGAGCGCAAGAGCCUGGGGAUCCACAUGGAUUUGUACAGCAAGGCAAAGAAGUUUAGCCCAUCGACGUGCAAAUCGGAGACAGACGAGGGCCUCAGGAAACACUGGGCUGAGUUGAAGAAGGCAGGCGCUACCCUGACGACCGUCGCGCUGAAGGGCCUCGCCAAUAGGUACAUCGAUAGCAUCUGGAAGGUCAUCUCGGACCCAGACACUAGCAUCGAUAAGAGGAAGCUCUACUUGCAGAAGCUCCUCUCUGCGACCGCGCCGUGGGCGAACCUUGGGGAUCAGAGCAACGCCAGUCUUGACCCCUGCAGCGUGACGCUGAUCAAGGCUGCCGAGAACGACUCCGAGGUGGCGGACAUAUUCAUGGAUUGGGUGUUCAGCCGCGCCCUCAGCGACUGGCUCGGUGCAGGUAGCGCUGCAGCGGAGAACGUGCUACUGUCGAGCUCGCUGACGCCCGACACUACGCUGGACAUAUUCGACGGGAUUGAUUCUAUCAGAUCAGAGGCGGCGCGCACCCAGGGCGAGCAGAGCGUCGCCAGGAUCGCGGGCCAGGCGCUGUUGCCGAGCUGCGGCGGCUACUGGCAGAAGAAGAUUGACUGGGCCACCACCCGCACCGAGGCCAUCAAGGAGCACGGCGGGAAAUUGCAGACGCCCCACGCGAAGCUGAUCGAGAUCGUAGUGAACGUGCCGCCUACCAGGGCGAACGGCGAGUUCAUGCUGGAGGUUGCGAAGGAGAUCUCCUACUGGGACGCGAGGGUCUACGACGGUGUGUCCGACGACGUCAAGCACACGUUGCUCGAGAAGGCGGUGAAGUCAUGCGCCAUGUUGAUGAAUGCUGGAGGGGUGGCGUCCGCGGCGUCCCCCAGCCAGGAGUUGCAGGAGACGCCAGCUGUUAUCCUGCACGUGUUCAAGGCUGAGUUGGCGCGCCGCCUUCGUGAUGCCCUUCACGAUUGCCGUGCCAGGGAGUUGCCUGAUGAUAUCCGCGAGCAGUGCUACAAGCUGUUCCAGAUCGUCGUCAGGGGCGUCAUCGAGGACACCAGGUUCGGCUUCAUGCAGCAGACCGACGGUGCAUUCUACGACACCUUGGAAACGCUUGCGCCACACGUGCCAGGCAACCUCUCCGAGACUUGCUACAAGGCCUUGUCUGAAGCCAUGGACCCGCCAGCGGAGGCUACGCCAGUCGAUGCGAGCACCUUGGAGCGCUUGGCAAAGGAGCUCGUGAGAGCCCUUCAGAAGCAGAAGCAACACAUGAAGGCCGCGCUGCUGGAUGAGAUCAAGCCCAGUGCGAGUACAUCGGUCACCGAGAAGAUGGAUCACGCGAAGGAGUUGGCCGCUCACGUCGGGACGUCCAUCGUGGAGAAGGUCAGGGCUGCCCUCACCGACCAGAUGAGCGGCCUCAACGGUGCCAUGGUGGCGACGCCUGGGUUCACGGAGUCUGAUGAGAAGGCUCCCGCCGCCACCAGCUUGGAUGAAGUACUGAACAUCUGUACGUCCACUGGUUUGAACGAUGUCUCAUUCGGCCCGUGGUGGACCCAGUGUGAGGAUAUCGACGCAAAGACGGAUGAGCUGGCGGCGAAGCCGGGUGAGUUCGGAGUAAAGGUCGAGGCGCACCACAUCACAGAGAUCGAGACACUAGUGAAGGGUGUCCGCGGGUUUCUCCUCAGUGCUGAGCUCUGCGAUUGCUCCCUGGACAAAAAGAGCCCAGCAGACACGAGGUGGGGCCGCGGGGGAGGGUGA